CUAUUGGUGCGGACGUGUUCACCACUGUUGCGGCUCGGGUGGUAUACUGCAGCAGGCAGCAAGGGAAAAGGAUUGCUCGUGGGUCGGGUCCCACGGUUUCUCUCUAGCAUACACUUCUGAACUAUGCUUGUUUUUUCAGCUGUUCUGGUAACCACAAAACAUGAGUAAAGAUUCUCAAAUGAGGGCUGUAAUCAACCAGAAGUUAAUUGAGAUGGGCGAGAGGGAGAGAUUGAAAGAAUUGCUGCGAGCCAAACUCAUAGAGUGUGGUUGGCGGGACCAGCUCAAAGCCCAUUGUAAAGAGGUAAUCAAAGAGAAAGGUCUGGAGAAUGUGACCGUUGAAGACUUAGUUGCUGGAAUCACUCCCAAAGGAAGAGCUUUGGUUCCCGAUAGUGUGAAGAAGGAACUUCUGCAGAGAAUAAGAGCCUUCCUGGCACAACACGCAACAUAAUGAAAAUACUGAUGAAGGCAUCACAUAAAUAAUGUGAUCCAAUUCCUUAUUGUGAUUAGUUUGUCCUUUCUUUUGUUUUUGUAUAAUUGCUUUAAUUUUUUGCCCGUCAAUAAAAUUUGGACAGUUUUGUA